ACCGUAGUAAUUAAAAUAACCUAUGUCUCAGAAUUGAAGCAUGAUUCAGAAAAUGAACGUAUAAGAUUCGUAUUACCUACAACGAUUGCUCCGAGAUAUGGGUCCUCUUAUGGAUCUCCUUUAAAUCCGAGAUCUAAUGAUGGAAAAGUACUUGUACCUGGUAAUGAGUCCCCUGUCUUGAAUGCUACUCUAACAGUCGAAGUUACAUGUAGAAUGACAUCGAUGAUUACAAGCAUCGAAUCUUCAUCACACUUGAUUACCACUGAAUUGAAUAUUGGUGGAGAUAACAAAGUGGCAAAGAUCCAAUUGGCAGAAGACGUUAGCUAUUUGGAAAAAGAUUUUGUUUUGGUAGCUAGAAGUAAAGAUUUGGAUCAACCAAGGGCGUUCUUGGAAUAUAAUCCGCGAACUGAAACAAAUUGUAUUAUGUUAACUAUGGUACCAUAUUUAGCAUCUAUUAAAUCUAAACCUACUGAGCUAAUAUUUAUAAUUGAUCGUUCUGGCUCUAUGGAAGGUGAACCUAUCAAAAAAGCCAAGGAAGCUUUAGAACUAAUCCUUCGCUCAUUACCCGAAGAUU